AUGGAUGGAAAUAAUUCCGAUGACAAUGAGAACACCAAAAUGUGGACGCCUAGAAUUGAAACGAAAUUAAUAAAUAUGUUGAGAGAUGAGGUUAGAAACAAUCAAACAACGGGCCGUACUACUUCGUGGACAAUUAGGCAUUGGAAUCAUUAUGCAAAUCAGUUGCACAACAUAUAUGGAUUUCGGUAUACAGGUGUUAAGGUGCGCCAAAAAUAUCAGCGCUUGAAAGCUGGUUACCAGACAUUCAAGCGACUCCAGGCACAGACUGGUUUGGGAUGGGAUCCUAUUAUAGGCACUGUUGUUGCACCCGAUGAAUUUUGGGAUAAGGCUAGCAGAAAUGUGAAGAAGUUUAGGACAAAAAAGUUUGAAUAUUUUCAAGAAAUGACAGAGAUUGUUGAAAAUUGUUGUGCUACAGGGGCCUUGUCUCGUGCAUCCACACAAGGACCCCUUGACUCAGAAGAAGAAGACGACAUGCUAAAUAAAUUUUGGAACGCCGAUGCUGGUGGGAGUAACACUGGUGAGAGUAAUGCUGCUGAGGCCAUUCCUGUUGACUUAUUCGAGGAUGAGUAUAUAGAUCCAGCAAAGGGCAAAAGUCACAAGAGGGGCCCUGCAACCAGCCAGACUGACAGUGGUCGUUCCAAAAAGUCACGGUCAAGUGGGUUUGAUGAUGUGUGCGCAGCUUUCACAUCCUAUGUACAAGCCAAAACAGGACAUUCACGUGCACGAGAAAAUGAGACUGAGGCUGUAAGUGCAGGUGGUGAUGAUUAUUCCCUUGAUGCAUGUCAAGAUGCAUUGCUUGAGCUUGGGGACAUACCACCGUUGCAGUACGUUAGGGCACUGACACUAUUCAAGGACAAGGAAUGGCGAAGACAAAGGCAUAUGUCAUCCGACGAAGAAAACAAUACAAUGGAGCUCUCAUCAGAGGAGGAUGAGGUUGUUGAUGAUUUUAUGGAUUUCUUGAUGAUUGCUGUAAUGUAUGACCAUAUGAACGCGUCAAGUAGCGCUCACGACAACGCUAUUCUGGUUGACUCUAUUACACGAGCUGAUCUACAGUUCCCACAUCCACCCAAUGACAAGUACUAUUUAGUUGAUGCUGGUUUCAUGAACAUGCCUGGAUUUCUUGCUCCAUUUCGGUCUCAACGAUAUCACUUGCAAGAGUUUCGUGGCCAUCGUUAUGCAGGACCUAAGGAAUUGUUUAACCAUCGACAUUCGUCAUUACGCAACGUCAUAGAAAGAACAUUUGGUGUUUUGAAGAAGCGCUUCCCAAUAUUGUGGUCCAUGCCAAAUUACAAGUCUACACGACAAGGGCCUCUCGUGAUUGCAUGUUGUGUAGUGCACAAUUGGAUCCGUUUGCAUGCAGUUAUGGAUCCAUUCUUUAUGGAAGCUGAUAAUGAAAUGGCCGCAGAAGCAGAAGCAGACGGGUUUCUUGGAGACCAACCUGACUACGUUGACAUGUCACAACAUGGGUUAACGUCCCAAUCGAACGUUAGGGAUGCAAUUGCUACUGCUAUGUAG